UUGUUUAAUUCAAAUAACUAAGCAUUUGUGUUAUUUCCUAAGGUUAUGUGCAUAUUAAAUUGUUUUGUUUGGAACUACAUUGUGAUUUUUGUAGUUCAUACAAUAGUUUGGGCCAAAAUACGACAAUUUUAAAGGAACAGUUCGACAUUUCCUCGUUUCCCAUCUGGCAACACUGGCUUUUGGUUUAACGAGACGCGUCCAGGUUCGUUGUAACUGCAGCGGCUCCGACCUUCAUCCAGUCACAACCGGCGGUGACGUCACACUUCCUAAUAAGUGUCAGCUGCUCCGGGGCCAGUUAAUGAGUAGCUGUGCCGCUGUAUUUAGUGCUGGAGCGUCCAGCGGGUCCAGACCGGAGGACUGAGCGGAGACGUGCGGAUCCAUGGAGCUGUCGCUGGCUCACCCAGCGAUCAAAGCCUUCUUGUGCGGUUCCCUGAGCGGAACCUGCUCCACACUGCUCUUCCAGCCUCUAGACCUGGUGAAGACCCGUCUGCAGACGCUGCCUGGGUCGGGCAGAGUGGGGAUGGUGACGGUGCUGCAGAGCGUGGUGAGGACAGAGAGGCUGCUGGGACUGUGGCGGGGCGUUUCCCCGUCCUUCGUUCGCACCAUCCCCGGCGUGGGCAUCUACUUCAGCACCUUCUACUCGCUCAAGCAGCACUUCUUCCAGGACAGAGACCCGCGGGCCCUGGAGGCUGUGGUGCUGGGAGCGGGAGCGCGGGCUGUGGCGGGGGUCGUCAUGCUGCCCGUCACCGUCAUCAAGACUCGCUUUGAAUGUGGCCGGUACCGCUACAGCAGUGUGCUCGGGGCUCUGCGCUGCGUGUGUCGGACCGAAGGUCCUGCUGCCCUGUUCUCGGGCCUUGUGGCUACGCUGCUCCGAGACGUCCCUUUCUCUGGGCUCUACGUCAUGUUCUACAGUCAGAGCAAGGCCUCGCUGCCCACAGUCAGCGCAUCUCCGUGCGCCCCCGUGGCCAAUUUCAGCUGCGCCGUCCUGGCUGGUGUCCUGGUGUCUCUGAUCACUCAGCCUGCAGACGUGGUGAAGACGCACGUCCAGGUCUGUCCGGAGCUGAGGACGCCAGCCGCCGUCACGCUCGUCUUCAAGGAGCACGGCCUCCAGGGCUUCUUCAGAGGAGCCGUCCCUCGGGCCCUGAGGAGAACCAUGAUGGCCGCCAUGGCGUGGACCGUGUACGAGCAGCUGAUGGCUCAGUUUGGACUCAAAGCCUGAGGAGGAAUGUGGUCGAGAACCUUAGUGAAGAGAGAAGACGGAGUUCAGGAGACGUAUCUGAGUGGGAGCCAAGCCUGCACAGACUCAACGACGGGUGGGAAGUGUUUGGACUCCAGGUUUCAGAAUCGCCUCAGGUGAACUUUCCUGAGUCACGGUUACGAAACAUAUUUUACCACAGUUCAGCCUCUGAAGACGACUGAGCUCAGCUGCUCGUGUCCCGGCUCCGUUAUAUAACGUCCAAGUCUAUGACUGAUCAUUGAUCUGCCUUCAUCUGCGUCUGUGUAGAAGGUGCUUUAUAACAUUAUGACAUCAUGUGAUGACAUCAUGGCAGUGCACAACCAGUUUGGCCUGAACCACUGGUACUUUUUCUGUUCCAGUAUAAAUAUGAGCUAAAGAACAAACAAGACAAAGGAAAUCAUUAACAGAUUGAAGUGUAAACAUUGAUUUUACUGAUUUAAUAUUAAACAAAUAUGAAUAACACACAA